AAACAUUUCAACAGUAACAACAAGAGAAUGUCAAAAUAUUGUGAAUUGUGAAAAUUGUGCUUUAUGUCCUUUAAUGAAAUUUAAUUAAAUUUUUAUGUGAAAAUGGAACUAAAUUGGCAGAAUUGGUGCAGAUUUUGUGGAAAAAAUGAUUCAGAGGAUAUUGAUUCAGUUUAUAAAAUUGAUUCAAUUUCUAAUCAAAUGGAAAUCAUCAACAAACAUUUUAUGAUUUCGCUCUUGCCUUUCGACGGAAGCCUAACCUCCAUGUGCGGGGAUUGUUGCAGCUUCGUUGGGAAACUCAAAGGAUUCAGUGAUCGUUGCUUGAAAGCUGAGAAAAUGUUCAGAGAAUUGAUGGCACACAAAAUGGCAUCAAAUGUUGAUUUUCAAUCCAUCCGUGUCAAAUUUGGCGUUGAUAGGGAAGAAAUUAAAUAUCGUCCAGCGCAAAGAGAUCAAAACGAAGAUUCAUCGAUGUUAGAUGAUACAGUGGAUCCAUCUCCGGAUCCACUUGAGAUGGAAGAAUCUAUUGAAGUGAAGCAGGAAGCCCUUGAAUCUGAGGAUCCUCCAUUGACUCGAGAACGUGGAAGACUAAAGAGACUUAUGGCUUCGUCUACCCCACCUUAUGGGAAAGUUAAAAGAGAGACUGACAAUGAGGACAGAAGCAGAGAAAUUAAAGUAAAGACAGAUCAAGGCGAUGAUGCUUCUGACUAUGAUCAAGGAAAUAAUUCAAGUGAACCAGUUGAAGAGGGACGACCAAAAAGGAGACGCAAAAAAGUCUACAAAGACAAAAUAUAUCUCUGCACAACAUGCCCGAAAAAGUACGCCCGUCCAGAUUGGCUACGAGAUCACAUUCUGCAGGAGCAUCGUCCUGAUGAAAUGGCCUUCGUCUGCUCAACUUGCUCCAAGCGUUUCCCCACCAAAGUUAAGCUGCGUCUCCACGAAUCCAUUCACCUGCCCGAAGAUGAGAGGAGAAUCUUCAAUUGUCCUUUCUGUGAGAAAAAAUUCGCAACAAAAGGUAACAUGCAGACGCACGUAUCGUCAAUUCAUACAAAAGAGAAAACCUUUAUUUGCGAAGAGUGCGGAAAGUCAUUCAAGACGGAAGGUGCCCUGAAGGAGCAUCAUGUUACGCACACGGAUGAGAGAUCCUACAAAUGUUCCCUAUGUCCGAAGACGUACAAAAUGAAGAAAACCCUCAAAAGGCACGAAGAAACCCACGCAGACACGACUUUUGAUUGCCACAUUUGUGGAUUUAAGUGCAAGACAAAGGCUAGCCUCCUCUCCCACAUGGUUGUCCAUUCGGACGUUAAGAAAUAUAAAUGCAACUACUGCGGCAAUGAAUAUAAACGAUCAACUGCUCUCAAGGACCAUUUAAUUCUUCACACGGGUCAGCGUCCAUUUGAGUGUCCCUUUUGCGAUAAAACCUUUGCAAAUAAUUCAAAUUGUCGAAAUCACAAGAAAAAGGAACAUCCCCUCGAAUUGGCAGCCCUUGAAGCGUCCCUACAGCAAGGACGUGAAAAGGAUGACGUUAAACGUGAAAAUCUGCAAUAAAUUUAAUUUUUAUCUCUAAACAAGACUUGAAUUAUAUGUUAAGUAAAUAAAUUGAUUCUGUUACGUU